CAGCAUGGGGCCGUCGAUGAAGCAGCAACCACAGAGAGGAAGGAGAAGUGAACCUUCUCGGGUCUGGCAAACUCAGAGCAGAGCCAGCCCUGGUCACGUCCUGUGCCUCAGACUGUCCUGGUCAGACUGCAGAGCCUUCUCCUACCAGCUGCUGGGACCCAUGACCCACACCCUCUCUGUCCUACUGUGCCUUGGGCUGUGUCUGGGCCAGAGGAUAAAGGCAGAGGCAGACACACUCCCCAGACCCUCCCUCAAAGCAGAGAACGGCCCUUUGGUGCCACUGGGGACAAGUGUGACCCUCAGGUGCCGGGGGGGAUGGGAAGGUGAUGAGUACCGUCUGGAGAAAUGGGAGGAAUAUGGAAGGCAAAGGAUCAUGGAUAUGAAAUCAAAUGAAAUGGAGGGCGAGUUUCUCAUGCCAUCAGUGACAGCGGAACAUGCUGGGACCUACUACUGCCUCUACGAACACUCAUCUCACUGGUCAGAUCGCAGUGACCCCCUGCAGCUGGUGGUGACAGGCCUGUAUGACCCACCCUCCCUCUCAGCCCUGCCCAGCUCCCAGGUGGCCUCUGGACACAAUGUGACCCUGCAGUGCCAGUCAGAGGACGGGAAUGACAGAUUUGCCCUGUACAAGGAUGGAGAACAGAUCACCCAAGGCAGGGCCCAGCCCCAUGGAAGGGGGUCUCUGGCCAACUUCUCCAUCCCUGCUGUGAGCGCUAUCCACGGAAGGACUUACCAAUGCUACAUCUUUCAUAGCUACCGCCCUUACGAGUGGUCAGCCCCCAGCAACCCCCUGGUACUCAGGGUCACAGGGACCUUCUCUCCAAGCCCUGAAUCUGGGAGCACACAGUUUGGUCUUGCAGCAGGCAUCCUGAUAGGAGUCUCAGCAUUUCUCAUUCUGAUCUCCCUCUUCCUCCUCCUCCUUCUCUGCCAUCGAUGCCAUCGGCAUCAGGCCAGACUCAGGAAUGGGGGCAGAGAGGCAGAGGUCAGGAAGACCACCAGGAGCUCUGACCCAGCUGGGACCUCCCUGGAAGAGACCCCAUAUGCUGCUGUGAAUGAUGACAGACAGACAGAGGAGGCCAGACAAGAGGACAUAGCUGCUCCCAAAAGGGAAGACCCUCAGGAAGUGACCUACGCCCAGCUGAACCCCAACAGCUUCAAGGCUGGGGCCAAGGACCCUCCCCCCUCAGGACCAGUGGAGCCCAGCCUCUAUGCCACCCUGCGGUGGUUGGAGGCCUGCUGGUUACCCUACACCUGGCUAAGCCCAUCUAAAGGGAUGGCUUUACCCAGUGUGGCCACUGUCCAUGCAGCAGCUUCUUGGAGCCACAGGGGAGAGCUAGCUGACAGAAGCAGCAACCACAGAGAGGAAGGAGGAGUGAACCUUGGGGCCUGGCAAACUCAGAGCAGAGCCGGCCCUGGUCACGUCCUGUGCCUCAGACUGUCCUGGUCAGACUGCAGAGCCUUCUCCUACCAGCUGCUGGGACCCAUGACCCACACCCUCUCUGUCCUACUGUGCCUUGGGCUGUGUCUGGGCCAGAGGAUGAAGGCAGAGGCAGACACACUCCCCAGACCCUCCCUCAAAGCAGAGAACGGCCCUUUGGUGCCACUGGGGACAAGUGUGACCCUCAGGUGCCGGGGGGGAUGGGAAGGUGAUGAGUACCGUCUGGAGAAAUGGGAGGAAUAUGGAAGGAAAAGGACCGUGGAUGUGAAAUCAAAUGAAAUGGAGGGCGAGUUUCACAUCCCAUCACUGACAGCAAAAGAUGCAGGGACCUACUACUGCUUCUACAAACACUCAUCUCACUGGUCAGAUCGCAGUGACCCCCUGCAGCUCGUGGUGACAGGCCUCUAUGACCCACCCUCCCUCUCAGCCCUGCCCAGCUCCCAGGUGGCCUCUGGACACAAUGUGACCCUGCAGUGCCAGUCAGAGGACGGGAAUGACAGAUUUGCCCUGUACAAGGAUGGAGAACAGAUCACCCAAGGCAGGGCCCAGCCCCAUGGAAGGGGGUCUCUGGCCAACUUCUCCAUCCCUGCUGUGAGCGCUAUCCAUGGAAGGACUUACCAAUGCUACAUCUUUCAUAGCUACCGCCCUUAUGAGUGGUCAGCCCCCAGCAACCCCCUGGUACUCAGGGUCACAGGGACUUUCUCUCCAAACCCUGAAUCUGGGAACACACAGUUUGACUCUGCUCCCCAGGAUUACACCGUGGGCAACCUCAUCCGCCUCAGCCUGGCUGGGAUGGUUCUCCUCCUCCUGGGAGUCCUCCUGGUUGAUGCCAGGCACAGCCUCAGGGGACCACUGAGCAGGAACUCCAGGUACCCCUGGACCCUGAGGGACCCAGAGCAGAGCCGACCUUGGUCACAUCCUCAGCCUCACACUCUGCCUGAUCUACCACUGGGCACCAUCAUGACUCCCAUCCUCUCCGCCCUGGUGAGCCUCGGGCUGUGUCUGGGCCAGAGGAUGAAGGCAGAGGCAGACACACUCCCCAGACCCUCCCUCAAAGCAGAGAACGGCCCUUUGGUGCCACUGGGGACAAGUGUGACCCUCAGGUGCCGGGGGGGAUGGGAAGGUGAUGAGUACCGUCUGGAGAAACAGGAGGAAUAUGGAAGGAAAAGGACCGUGGAUGUGAAAUCAAAUGAAAUGGAGGGCGAGUUUCACAUCCCAUCAGUGACAGCAAAAGAUGCAGGGACCUACUACUGCCUCUACAAACACUCAUCUCACUGGUCAGAUCACAGUGACCCCCUGCAGCUGGUGGUGACAGGGCCCUAUGAGGCACCUUCCCUCUCAGCCCUGCCCAGCUCCACGGUGGCCUCAGGACACAAUGUGACCUUCCUGUGUCAGUCACAGCGAUGGUAUGACAGGUCUGCCCUGUACAAGGAUGGAGAACAGAUCACACAAGGCAGGGCCCAGUACCAUCUAAGGGGGUCUCUGGCCAACUUCUCCAUCCCUGCUGUGUAUUCUACACACAGAGGGACUUACCGAUGCUACACCUUUUACAGCUACUUGCCUUAUCUGUGGUCAGUCCCCAGUAGCCCCCUGGUGCUCUGGGUCACAGUUCCAGGCACCUCAAAGGAUGCUCACCUCCCCAAAAACCCUGGAAAUCCCCAAGCUCUGACAUCUACCCCACCCAGGACCUUCUCUCCAAGCCCUGAAUCUGGGAACACACAGUUUAAUGCUGCUCCCCUGGAUUACACCACAGGCAAUGUGGUCCGCCUCAUCUUGGCGGGGCUGGUCCUCAUCAUCCUGGGCGUCCUGAUGACUGAGGCCUGGCACAGCCUGGGGGGGCACCAAGGAGCAGCCCAGGGAGCCCUGGCCUGAGCAUCCUGGCCACACCCGACGACCAGGCAGAGGGAAAGAAGGAAUGGAUGAAUGAAUGAGGGAGGG